AUGCUCAUAGCGUGCGAUCGCUGGUCAGCAGACCCCAAGGCGGCAGCAGCCAAUGGGGGCUUCUACAUGGCUCGCAGCAACGACCGCGUAUUGCGAUUCUUUGACUACUGGCUCGAUGCACACACCCGCUUCCCCGGCAUUCACGACCAGGAUGCAUUCACGCGAGAUGCAUUCACGCGAGUGCGCCCCGAGGCAGACCCAUACACCCGCGACACCCUCCGUCUCUCCGUCCACUACCUGCCGGCGGACCGCUUUGGCAUUUUCUGCCAGAUUGGGCGGCUGCUGGGGCGGCUGGUCACUGUUCAUGCCAACUGCUGUCUCGGCCUGGAGGGAAAGAUGCGAGUGCUGCAGCAGGCCCUAAGUGACGUGGAUUGGUUUCGGCAGCUACCAUUGCUGGACAGACUCGGAGCGGGGCAGCAUGGCUUGGCAUGGAGGAAGAAUUGCAAGGCUUGA